CCUUUAACGAUUUCCAACCAUUCACCAUCACUUCGUUUCCUUCCAUCACCGGGAGACCCUCCCGGCGUAAACCACCGUAACCAUCAAUUACCCGCCUUGCUCCUCCUCCGUAGCCAGGGGAACACCAUUGAAACCAAUACAGAACCUGAAUUUUAAGCGCGAGUUCUCGUCGGUUUCAUCAGCCCCAAAACCCUAAUUGUACCCAAUUAUUGAAUCUUGAUUCUCGAUCGAACCCAUUUCCCAUUUAGCACCGCUAACGAUACCCAGAUUAGUAAAAUUAGAUCUUGCCCUCCGAAAUUCGCUGUUCGAUGGGCACAGUUGAAGCUUGCAAGGACCUAACAAUCUCGUCAUCAACGUCUCGUACGGAGACCAUCAAUGGGAACCAUGAGUUCAGAAUCACUGGGUAUUCGCUCAAUAAGGGUAUGGGGAUUGGGAAGUACGUCCAGUCCGAGACCUUCGUCGUUGGCGGUUAUGAGUGGGCGAUCUACUUUUACCCGGACGGUAAGAGCCCCGAGGAUAAUGCCUCGUACGCAUCUCUGUUCAUUGCCCUAGCCAGCGAUGGAACAGACGUGAGGGCGCUCUUUGAGCUUACACUCGUGGACCAGAGCGGAAAGAACACACACAAGGUGCAUAGUCAUUUUGGAAGGACGCUUGAGAGCGGGCCUUACUCGCUUAAAUACAGAGGAAGCAUGUGUUGCAGUGCACACAAUCUGCCAUCUCAAUUUUGGGGUUUCAAACGCUUUUUCAAAAGAAGUAUGUUAGAGACUUCAGACUAUCUUAAAGAUGAUUGCCUCUUGAUACGCUGUCGUGUUGGUGUCGUUAGGUCGCAAACAGAGGGACCUAAGACUUACAGUAUUACAGUUCCACCUUCUGACAUGGGUCAGCAUUUUGGACAGCUUUUAGAAAGCGGAAAGGGAACAGACGUGAAAUUUGAGGUUAAUGGAGAAAUUUUUUCUGCUCACAAGUUGGUUCUUGCAGCACGUUCCCCUGUGUUUAAGGCGCAACUCUUAGGUCCAAUGAAGGAUAACGAUACUGAGUGCAUAGAAAUUGAAGACAUGGAAGCCCCAGUUUUUAAGGCUUUACUUCAUUUUAUCUACUGGGAUGUCAUACCUGAUAUGGAAGAGCUUGUUGGUCAGAACUCUAAAGGGGCUUGUACAUUGAUUGCUCAGCAUCUGCUUGCAGCAGCAGAUCGUUAUGCACUUGAGAGACUCCGAUUGAUAUGUGAGGCUAAACUUUGUGAAGAUGUCAUCAUAAAUACUGUUGCGACAACUUUAGCCUUGGCAGAACAGCACCAGUGUUUUCAACUGAAAGCCGUUUGCCUUAAAUAUAUUUCAAUGCCUGAAAACUUAAAAGCUGUGAUGCAAACGGAUGGAUUCAGGCACCUAAAAGACAGCUGCCCGUCAGUCCUAAGUGAACUGCUGCAGUAUGUGGCCAGGGUUGGCGAGCAUUCUGCUAUUGUUGGAUCUGGAAAAGAUUCAUUCUUAGAUGGCUGUGAUGUGAACGGAAGGCGGGUGAAGCAAAGGUUUCGUUGAUUGCAGAAAUAACAGAUAGGCCCCUCAUGAGGACAAGAAAAGAAAACAUGUUUUUGGGGCUAAGAAACUCUGUUUUGACUGUACAAAACAGUUUGAUAGUUAAUAACAGCUUCCCAGUUAAGACGUUAGUAUGGUGUUCAGAGUGAUGGUUGAUGGUCUGAAGGUCUUCGUGGUUUUUGUUUUUAAUCCUAAACUUCUGGAUAUCAUAUAUCUUGUUGGUGGUAACCAAUCAUAUUGUGACAGCUUCUCCUGUUCAACCCUGUAUUGUUGUUUUGGGGUAGGGUUUCCAAGUGCUAGUCUGUUGCAUUUACUGACUAAUUGAUUGAUCUCAACGGUAAAUAUGGUAUUUGAA